AUGGACAGCAACUUUUUCGUUCUUACUUGUGAUUUUCAAUCUUGUUUCUAACUUCUCGUGAGCUUCCAGGCAAAUUAUGCGUGGUCUUCUAUUUCAUGGUUUACUGGAUUGGAAUGUGUUGCUGCUGCCGGAAAAAAGCGGAUAAGAAUUCGAAAAUAGUUGUGAGUAUUUUCCUAUAAAGCUAUAAGAGCUGGAUCCUGACUUUCUGAACUCUACGCCUAAACAAAAGUAUUUUUCAGUUAUUGGAUCCUAAGAAACCGAAACAACCAGCAAGAAAGCCGUGGGAGUCUCCAUGGAUAGGAGAUGAUAAGAAUCGGAUGGCAAAUCCAUAUGUCCUCGGUCAAAAGAAUUCAAAGUCACAAAUGUCAAUCCAACCGGCCUCGGAAAACAAUCUGGUGAACUUUAUGUUUUCCUUUACCUAUCAAAAAAGCUCAAUUUUCCGAUUUUCUUCUGGGCUCACAUUCAGGAAAAAACUUCUUCUUUUUUAGCAAAUAACAUACGAAGAUAAGCUGAAAUCUCUGAGUAAAAAGGACCGGACAAGAACAGAGGAUGAUGGGCUGAGACGAAGCGAAAUGUCUGUUUUAUAGAAAAGAUAAGUUGAAGAAGAAAAUUUCAGGAACAGAUCAAUGAAAUCAGUAGUUUACGAUCCGGAAAAGUUCAAAAAGUUGGACAACACGAUGACGGAGGAGUCACGUGAGUUGAAGACGAAAUUAUGAUAAGUCAGAAAAAAAGUUUUAAAAAAAUAAUCAAUUAUUAAGUUUUUCUUCAAGCACAUUUCUAAGCUAGGGACCGCAGACGAAUUUUCAAAAAAAAUUUUUCAGCAUUGAGCUUUGUAUGGUUUGAUAGCUGUUUCGAUUCAAAACUCAGAACCGUCAUAAUAGAGUGCUAAAAUGAUGAAAAUUAGCUAGUUUGCCGAAAAAGUCGGUAUUUUCCAGAAAACAAAAAACUGACGCUUGCGGGCAUCGAACUCGCGACCUCAAAAUGAAAAAUCGCAGCGCACGCGCUGCGCCAAGCUGUUAGGUCUAGCGAGGGAAGCUUCCAUUCGCCAUACCCUUGAGCCGUUUGAAUAGCCCAGAUUGUCUAUUUCAAAAAAGAAAAAAACUUGAAGUAAUUAAGCUAUUUUUUUAUCAGAAUAUGUUCGCAAAUCUUUACUCAAACGUUUCGUGGAAAUUCACUUCGAAAAAAACUGUUUUUUUCAGUGCUUUUUUUGCCUCUUUUUAACGACCGCUACAUUAAAACGGUCCCGUAUAUUUUUCGGCAAAGACGAAUUUUUUUAUUUUAUUCUUUUUAAUUGAAAGAUUUUUUUACUAAUAAACGUUUAUAAUCGUUUGAAAAAAACCUGCGUUCGACCGCUUUCUGUGUGAUAAACGCCGCUAAUUUUAUUCUCUAGUUUCAAGAGCAUUUUUGCGUAUCAAACAACUUUUUCAAGCACAUAUGCUGUGGAGAAAAAAAUUUAAGUGAGCCCAUGGUCUAAAUUCUGAAGAAACAAAUACUCGAUUAUAUUCGCUUAUUAACGAUAUUUUGAAUUAUGACUUUCGGCACUCCCUAAAAUUUUUGGCAAAGACGAAUUCUUUGUUUUAUUGUUUUAAAAUUACCGUUACUUGAAUCAAAAUCAUUACUUAAAAAAGAAAGAGUGCGUUCGACCUGAAAACACAUGAAAAAGCAAAAAACGACAAAAUUUUUUAGUCCCAUUCACGUUUUUGUACGACAUUCCGCGCGAACGCAUCAAAAAAGCGUGAAAUAUUUUUUAAACGAAAGAGGAAGCUUUUUUGUACAUGUGUGCCAAAAUUUAUUAUCCAGUUCCACAUAUUUUGCAACUACAGCAAAAUGAAAGUUGAAAACCAAAAAAAAGCCACUUUUUCUAUCGCGAAAAGGGGCGUGGCUUUGCGGUCCCUAUUCUAAGCAAUUAUUGUUUGAUAACUACUAUUUUCCUAUUCAAUGAUUUUUGCUAGACUUUGAAAUAUGUAUAGAGGAAUUUCGUGAAAAUCUCGACACGAAAAACCAUUUCGGCUGAAAGUCGAGACUUUUGCGUCUUUGAUAUUUUCCGUUUUUUUUUCUUAAAUAAUUGUUAUACUUUUUAACAGAAAUAAUGAGUCACACAAACUUGAGUAGAACUCGCUUUGGAACUACUUUCUCCACUUCACGAAACCCAAAAUAGUCAAAAUUUUUAGCCGCUGUACACGACCGAGCAAUGAAAGCAGCUGCUGACGGAUUGAUUCUAGAUCCACGAGCCGUUAAAUAUCAAGGAAACAUCGAUGCUGAGGUCUUUUUCUUCGAAUAUUUUUCGAUUAGUAAGGAAAAAGGUUCUGAUAAGACUUGUGCGUGAAGCUUUUUUCGACUUGUGCGUGAAGCUUUUUUCAAAAUUUAAUGGAAAAAUGUUUCAAUAAAAGAAACUUUGAUUACAAAAUAGGUCUUUUAUGAAUAUUCAUUGAAAGUUUGAAGCUUUAUGUUCAUUUAAAAAUAUUAAAAAUACAAAUUUCCAGUUGCGUCCUUCUACAACAGAUAUACUUGCUGAGUUAGCCGCAGCCGCUAAUGACAAAUCAAAGUCUGACGCCAAAAAGAAGACGACCGAGAAGGUUGAGAAGGUUCAAAAAUAUCCGAUCAAACACAAUUUUAGGUGACCAUCAAUGAGAAGAAGUGCGUGUUGUACGAAACGAAUGACAUCGAAACGGAAGAAGUUGAUCAAAACGAUCUCAAAAUUUGA